AUGUACGAGAAAAGGCAUAUGUGGGCCACUACACAUAUUCGAGGCAAGUUUUUUGCAGGAUUUAAGACAACUUCUCGAUGCGAAGGUUUGCACUCUAUUAUUGCAAAAUAUGUUAAAUCUCAAUACAAUUUGGUUGAUUUCAUAAAGCAUUUUAAGCGGUGUCUUACCUACCUAAGAUAUAAGGAGGUUGAAGCUGACUAUGUUUUCAUUUCUGGUCUUCUGAUACUUAAAACAGCAUUAGAACCUCUGAAAAGGUCUGCAUCAAAUUUCUAUACACGAAAAAUAUUUUUUAUAUUUCGACCAAUGCUUGUUAGGGCUGCAAGAAUGAAGGUUGUGAAAGAUGUGGCAUUUGAUUCAUUUGUACUUUAUAUAAUAUCUAAAUAUGGAAGUCUAAAUAGUUCAUGGGAGGUGUCUGUGGAUAAUGAAAGGACAAAAUUUAAUUGUUCAUGCUUAAGGAUGGAUUCUUUUGGAAUUCCGUGUGAGCAUAUAGUUUGUGUGCUGGUGUUUCUUAACAUCCUUGAGCUGCCAAAGUCUCUUGUGUUGACAAGAUGGUCGAAGAAUGCCAAGACAAGCACUUUCGAUUCAAGUGGCGUUACUUGGGAGUCUAUAAUAUUGAGUCAAUAUGGAUGCUUGAUGGAUUGGUGUUGGCAGCUGUCCUAUGUCGCUAGUCGAAGGCAGGAGAGAUUCCACCUUGUUCAAGAUACUGUUAUGAGCCUAAUCGAAGAUUUCGAGAUUGAAGAUGAACAAGAAAAGCAAGUUGGUGCUGAAGCUGAUAAUUCAGAUGAAGGGCACAAUAAAAAAUCUUGUCCAUUGGUAAAGGAUAUUCAGCAGCAGACCAAUGCAACUUCUUAUGGCAUAAAUAGGAACCAUGUUGAGGAAGGUUUGGAUGCAGAUGCAGAAAUGGAAUUUUGGGCAUCUGAUCUUGAAGAAGAUUAUGAAGAACAAGAGUUUUGGGCAGGAGAUUCUGAUGCAAGUGCCGACAUGGAACUUAGUGAAGAGUUCUCGAUGCAUUCCGUCGCUGCCGGCUUGCGUCUUCCUUGCGACGUCGGCAUUCACAAGUUAGAGGGAUUACAAGUGGAGUCAGAAUUUGCGUGUGAUAAUGAUUCCAAAGCUCCACUAGAACCGUGGUUCCUCUGGAGGCCUCUCAAAAUAUGGAAUUUGGCUGUUCCGAUGAAGAUGAUAUUUUUCAAAGAAGCAAUUGCCAAGUGUGAUGCUUUUGUUGUUAGCAACGGGUGGCUUUAUUCUCUAAAAAUAUUGGUAUCCGGUGUGUUCGUAAUUGUUGCAAGAAACUAG